UGGCCCGGGGUCCAGUCCGAAGGGCAUUUACCUGGUCUAUUUAACUGGACGUGCUCAUUAUGCCCCAUGUCCUCCGCUCCAAGAUGAGAUCCUUUCUCCCCAGCCUGAGCCAGUACCGGGGGCUGCUCCUUAUGAUUCUCGUCCUGGGGCCUGGAGGCACCUUCCCCUAUGGCUUUCACCUGGCGGUCACCAACGCUCCAUCCAAGCACAUCAGAAGCUUCCUGAACGCCACGUGGGCAGCCCGGCGCGGCGCGGCUCCGACGCCCGAGACCCUGACCCUGCUCUGGUCCUCUGUCAUCUCCAUCUUUGGCCUCGGCGGGAUCCUGGGAUGCCUGUGCAGCCAGAGCCUGGUGGAAAGAUUUGGGAAGAAGAAGUGUCUGCUCUUCAACAACCUCUUCAUGCUGGGGGCCUCGGGGGUCUUGGCAGGCAGCAAGAUGGCAGCCUCCUUUGAGAUGGCGCUGGCCGGGCGGCUACUCAUUGGCUUCAGCUCAGGGGUCAGUCUGAUCAUCCACCCCAUCUAUGCCGGAGAGAUCGCCCCCCGCAGCCUCCGAGGAUUCACCAACGCCAGCGUCGGCAUCUUCGUCACGCUGGGCAAGGUCUUCGGACAGGUCCUGGGACUGAGGGAGCUGCUGGGCACUGAGUCGCUGUGGCCAUGUCUGCUGGGCUGCACGGGGGUCACGGCCCUGCUGCAGCUAGUCACCCUGCCCUUCUUCCCCGAGUCCCCUCGCUACCUGCUGAUGGAGAAGGGGGACCAGGAAGCCUGCUGGAAAGCGGUCCAGCAGUUGUGGGGUCCGGGCGACCACAAGGCGGAAGUGGAGGACAUGAGGAAGGAGCAGGCGGGGCUGACCGGCCUCGGGCCCCGGGGGCCCCUGCAGCUCCUCAGGGACCACUCCCUGCGCCGCCCCGUGAGCAUCUCCUUCAUCCUGGGCAUCGCCAUGCAGUUCUCCGGGAUCAACGCCAUCUAUUUCUACGCCUCAGAGGUACUGCAGCAGGCCGGGUUCUCAGAAUGGCUCAUCCCCUACGUAUCUAUGGGCAUCGGCAUCUGCGACGUCUUCUCCUCCGUGCUGUGUACCUUCAUCAUCGAGCAGUUUAGCCGGAGGGGUCUGCUGCUGACAAGCUACUUCCAGAUGACCUUGCUGCUGCUGCUGCUCACCAUCACCCUCAACCUGCAGAGUCUGGUCUCCUGGAUGGCUUUGUGCAGCGCUAUCCUCCUCUUCCUCUUCAUCUUCUUCUUCAGUGCCGGGGCCGCCGGGACGUCGAUGUGCGUCAUCAUGGAACUAUUUGACCAGGCGACCCGUCCGGCGGCCAUGCUGAUCAUGGGCAUGCUGCUCUGGGGAGGAAACUUCCUACUUGCAGUGCUCUUCCCCCUCCUGGUGGCCACGCUAGGUUCCUUCUGCUUCCUGGUCUUCUCCAGCAUCCUGAUGGGUACCUGGAUUUUCAUCUACCUCUUCCUGCCGGAAACCCGGGGCCGGUCCAUCGCGGACAUCGCCGCGGCGUUCGUCCAGUGGCCCCAGGGGAGGACACCCCCCGGAAGCCCCCCACUUCGGGACCCCCAAUAUUGCACCCGGUUCUGAACUGGGGCCUCCAGCAGGACAGGGGUGUGGAGGGCCGCGCUGGAGAUGGGAGGAGGGCUGGAACCCUCUAGGGUAGGGAUCGUGUUUGCUAACUCUA